ACGAGGAGGAGAUCGAUUGGGGCCUUCUGGAGAAAGAGAUCGAUGAAGAGGAAGAGUUGGAGAAGCGGAAAGGAGAUCUUCGGGGUGUGCUGGGGCCGGUCAACAGCUACAACAGGGCCAUUGCGUCGGCUGCGCAUCCUGGCCCUUACGCUGGUCACCGUUCGGUCCCAGGGAGGAGUAUAAGAGGUUCCUUGACUUGUUCAGGGGCAGAUAGAGGCGAGGGUCUGGCGGGCUUUAUAUGCUAACCUCGCGCUAGUCACCAGAGUUAGGGAGGAUAGGGCACGUAAGUAUUGGGAUAGUUAGCCCGAUUGGGUGUAACUAUUCGGCUUGUAACCUAUCCUCCUCAUGAAUGGAAAUUGCUAGGGUCAUACGGUGUCCGUCUUCAUUCCGGCCCCCUCCCUGACCCUUGCCGAUGGUCGGAGGAUAAAAAUGGAGUCCCGCGGUUUUUCAGAUGGAUUGGCCUGGACCACUACUUGGAGUUUUUGGGGAAAACUUUCCCGGUGUCGAUGCAAAGAAUUGGCUCAGCUUGUCGCAUCCUGCUCGCUAGUGAGGUUUUUGGCGAGUAGAACGGCCAUAGCUCGACAAGUCAGUCGGUGGCAACCAACGCUCGGCCCGAGUGAGGACUUGUGGCCUUAUCGUCAUAUUUUUGGCCGCUCGUACCCCUGUUAUCGUGUGGGCAUAUGGGAUGGGGCUUUGCCCCGUUCUGGGGUCUCCAGCUGCUUUGUUGUUUGUCGCCCUGGUCACCAGGUUCGGUAGUGGUCGUCAAGCGUCGCCGUCGCCGUGUCGCCAACUCGUCGCUAUCGUGCUCCCGCUGUCCAGCGCCGACGCACCCCACCUCCUCCACCGCUCACCAUCGCCGGCCCUACUCCACCGUUGUCGCUGCCGCUGCAGCCGCGCCACGCCAGAGCCACUCACUGCCACCGCCCUACACCCUCCGCCGCCUCUACUCGCCGUUCAGGUCACCGGCUGACGUGUCCCUCUCCCUCACCGCCUUCCUCUCUCUCCAUUUCGACGUGGUGAGCAUCUUCUUCGGCUAAAUCUUCAAAUGUGCAAACCCUAGCUCUCUAAAUUCGAAAUUCAUGCAAAUUUGCCUCAAAUCUCAUCAAUCUUUUAUGCAAAUUUGCUUCAAUCAGUUCAAUUCCAUGCAAUUUGAGGGCAUGUUCAUAUGUAUAUGUGCUUAAUUGCUCAAAUCUUUCAAAUUUGAGAUGAAUUCAUUCCAAUUUUACUCAAAUAUCUUUCAAAUUCAAGCAAAAUCCGAGCAAUUUCAUGAUCAGUUGCUACAAUUAGAACCAUAUCCUUUACAUUGAUCAUGUAUUAGGGCAUGUUGAUCUAAUUUGUGGAUAUUGUGCUCAAUUCUUUCGAGUUUAGGUCUAUAUCAUGCAAAUUUGCCCCAAAUUCAUAUAUCUUUUGAUCAAUUCAUUCAAAUUAAAGUCAUAUUCUUUGAAUUUAAUCACUGCCCUAUCGCAAACAUGAAUCCAUAGCAUGUUCGUCAAAUUUCUUCAAAAUUCUUGCUUAGGAUUCAUUUUUGGGUCAUUAUCAUGUAACUUUCAUAUACCCAACGCGAUCGCUCAUCCUGUUAUCAUCUAUCUAUUUGUCAGAUGGGUCAUGAGUGCACUGACAAGGUUAAGGGCAAGGCCAUUAAGCAGCCAAAGAAGAAGUCAAAGGUUCAGAAAGAGUGGGAUAGAGCCAUUGCAGUAGCUGAGGCAGCAGACACUUAGCGAGGUUUCAUGAUCCAUGAUGACUCUCCUACUCCGUGUCGGUCCACCCGCACCCGUCCUACCGGGUGGUUGGGCUCGAUGCCAUCCGACCAGUCAGGCAGCUGGAAGAGGGCUCAUCAGGAGCUUGAGCUAGAGCCAAUUGAGGAGGAGGAGCAUGCAGAGCAGCAACAGACAGAGCAGCCACAGGCAUAGGCAGAGCUCAGGCUUAUUGAUGUGACUUCUUAUAAGUCAUCGAAGAUUAAGAAGCUGUGUUUUGUGCCAGUCGAUGAGUGGUUUCCUGAGGUCAGAGAUGAGGGGGUUGAUCCUCGGUUCUGGACAGUUCUGCAGGAGAGCUUCCACUCCUAUCACAUGAAGAAGGUCAGUUUGCGCCAGCACAAGAUGCUCAACUGGCGCUAUAUGCAGUCAGCUGCAGGGGGAGUGAACGUGAGGCAGCACUUUGACGCCUUCCCUGGACUUUCAGCUCUGCUCAUUGACGUGGACAAGUAUGUAGAGGACUGGGUCAGAGUAUUUUAUGCCACGGUAUGGAUUACACCAGAGAGGAACUUUAUUCAGUUCAUAUUCCAGGGUGACACUUUCAGAUUAUACAAGAACAGUCUACUUGAGGCUCUGGGGGUUCAGGCAAGUUCCAGGUAUCUGCACGAGGUUGUUCAUCCGAACGCCGAAUCCCCUCGUUGUCCUCUAGUUGGUGGCAUCUUUCCGACUGAUGAGGAGAUCAUGCCGAAAUUCAGCAGAGGUGGAAUUGCCUAGGAAUCAACGAAGUUUAACUCACCAGAUUAUCCAGUGAUGCAAUGAUGACUGCACUGGACUAAUUAUUCCAGAGGCGAUUUCAAGUGAAGAAGUCUGAAGCUCAGUUCACCAAAUGGUUCGGUGAUCAUGGUGUGUACACCGGACCAAUUCAUGAUGAGAACAAUUUCUUUUGGCAGAGAAACUUCACUCACCGGAUGGUUCGGUGAAGGCAAGAAAUUAACACCGGAGCAAUUUUUCCAAAGAGGGUUGCUUCGGUUGGUUUGAAGGAGUUUCACUCACCGUAUAGUCCGGUGAUGGAUAAGUGUGUACACCGGAGCUUUUCUUCCAGAGAAGAUUUUGAGGGUAGAAGAAGUUUAACUCUCCGGAUAGUCCGGUGAUUGUAUUGAAAUUAUUAUCGGAGCAUAUUUUCCAGAGAGGGUUGCAACAGACAGUUAAGGGACUAGGGCUAAGGGACUAGGGCUAAGUAAUAGUGGAGCGCCAAGACUCAAAAACAUUCGCAAAAGACCGCUAAGGGACUAGGGCUUUGAAGCUUCAAACUCUGGAUAAGCCAACUUAAAGUGCACCAAGCCUUCAGUGGCUAGCGGUCAGACCGACCCUGGGGUGGCGGUCAGACUGGCGGCCAGCAGAGUGUUUCGGGGGUUGGCGGUCGAACCAAUGUUGAUCCGGCGGUCAGACCGCUCACCAACGGUCAUACCGGCCCUAGCGGCGGUCUGACCCCUGUAUAGAACCCUCACUUCGGACCUUCUGGUCCCAACUGGCAGUCAGACCGGCCCCAUGGCGGUCAGAUCACCAGGCCCUGCCGGCAGCACCUUGGAGGGGUCGCCGGUGAGGUUUCCGGCGAGACUCUCGACCAAGGAGGGUACCUAAAUGCUCUAUAGGACUAGUGGACUGCUUCUAAAGUGACUUAGACUACCUUCACCGAGCUAAACUCAAAAUACCCCAUGGAUUAGACCUAGCCUAGGUUGAGUUUUGGGCCUAAACGACACGGGGGGUCGAAUCGAGCUCGGAAACAACAAGAAAACGGUAGGGGAUGCCUCACCAUAGUGCAUUGAAGCUUUCUAGUGGAUGGGUUUGCUUCGGAAAGGAUUCUAUUUGUGGAUCAGCUCCCGGAGUGGUGGUGGAGCUUGAGGUGAACGGCAGGUCUCCGACAAGGGAGAAGAGGGGAAGACGCUUGGGGAAGCCCUUUGGAAGCUCGUGAGAGUCCUCUCCUCCGAUCUCUGGCCCUCGAACGUGAUGAUAAGGGAAUCCCUCUCUUCUAGUGUUGGGUGGAGAGAGUGAGAGAGUGAGAGAGGCAAUCGACCACCUUAAGUCGAGCCUCUGUGUGCUGGCGGUUGGACCGCGUAGGGCGCCGGUCAGACCGCAGCAAGCACACAUGGCAAGCCCACGUGGCUGCCAUCUGGUGGUCAGACCGCGGGUGAUCCCGAUUAGACCGCAAGAGGGGUUUUGUGCUGAAUAUCUUUAAGUAUUCCCGCUUUCCCUUCCCUUUUUUCUCCAAAGGAUUUAGGGCUUUUCUCAGGAGCUCUAAACCAUCUCUAGGGGUGUUUAAAACACCUUCGAACUAUACUUGUCAGACAAUUACGUAACAACACAUGCGAUAAUGACUAAGCGAUGCUUAAUUACGGCUUAUCAUUUUUGGGACGUGACACCUUUCCUGUGUGUUCACAAAAUAAACUCAAUCCUGUUGCACAAAAGGAGUGAAACAACUGUGUGAGAAACAAUUGCUCAAAAUUCAUGAUCUGACAACCCAAAAUGCAUCAUUGUUAACAAUUUGCAUCAUGAUAGGUUCGCAAGGUUUGAUCAUACAUGACAUCUAGGCAUGAUUGAACAUGCACAAGGAACAUUCAUCUGUAAAGUCAAUAUCAACUAAUUCAUGACUUGGGAACUACAAACGAAACAUGUACACAUUAAAGAUUUUAGUACCUCACUUCACUGUACUGCCUCGAUGCCGCAAUGGAUGACGGCAAGUACAAAAUGGGAGCACUAUGAAACAAUUUGGUUUUAACUUAGGAAGAACCCUCGCUAAAUCAGAUUGGUAGAUGAAGGCAAACAUUAUUGUAUUAGAAAAUGAGAGGCAAUGCAAGUAGUCUGGUAAAAAUUAUACGUCUACGCAAUUGAUCAGGGAAAUAUUGCAGAGCCUUAUCUAGGAAAUACGACAAGCACCUUGCGUGUUGCAUGCAUGAAAACCUAAUAAGCUAUAUAAAACAACAAAAGAAUAACACCUAAAUCCUACCCCCCAAACAUGCAUCGGCACAAAAGCCCAUCUGGAAUUGGUGGAUCGGACCACACAUGAAUUAGAUACUCGGAUUGAAUCACAAACAAACUGAUAGAAGAGGUGUCGUCAAGAGCCUGCACUGAGGAAAAGGACAUUUUUGAGGGUCGUGAAGUUGAGGUGGCCGCAAUGCUUGAGGCAGCGGAGGUCGCAUUGUCGGUUUGUGAGAUCCUGCGACACGGUUCACCGGCGAGGGUGCACUACCGAAUCUAGGCGCCGCGCUCCUAGAUUUGGCACUCGUCCCCGCACCGCCGGUCCCAGCUGCCCCAGAUCAAGAAUCGAUCCAUCAGAGGAGGGGGGAGGGGGGUGUAGGGGUUUCUGCGUGAUGUGUGUUUGCAUCUAACGAUGGAGCUUCAUGGAGACUUCUGGCAAGAAGGUAAGACGAGUAGCAGAGGGCCAUGGGAGGGGCAAAACAAGAUUGUCGCAAGGUGGCGUCUCACCGGAGAACUCUGAGGGUGGCGUGAUAGCAAAGGGCAUAGGGUGGCCUAGGGAGUGGAACACACAACACGGUGGCACUCUUCCGCGUUGGCGACGAAGUGGUCGAACGACAGUGUUGAUCCACCAAUUCCACUGCUGCGGGUCCAUACACGGACAAUGCUCGAGGUGUGGACGUGAGGCUAGGGUAUGCGGUAGCAGCAAGGAAGGAGGGGAGGAUGUGCAAGCCGGGGGCAAGCGAUGCGGGCGGGUGGUUCGUUGGUUGCAGGAUCAUGGCCCACCUGCCGGCCCUCCAUAUGGAUUCAUGGAUUGCGGAACGCAGCGAACCUAGAACGCGAGGUGGAGGGGGAGCAAAAGAAAAUUGAAGCGGGAUAUAUGAGCCGUCUAAUGGUGCAAGACACGGGAUUCAGAGUGGGCGCGGGACUUAUGGGAUUCAGAGUGAGCGCGGGACUUAUGGGAUUCAGGGUGGAUGUGUGACUCAUUAGAUAUUUUUUUUAAGUAGUAGAGAAGAGAAGUGGCUUCCGUUCGACUCUAGCUCCCUCUUAUGCGCCCUUUUGCUAACAUCAGCUAACUGAGCCACCUUAGGACCUGUUUGUUUUAGCUGGGAAUUUUGAAAAGCAGCUUAUAGAUUGUGGAUUAUAAAAAACUGGAGUAAAAAGCUGCAUUGUGAAAAACUUUUAAAUUGUAGAUUCAAAAAACUUUAAUGGGUAAUUUAGUAAAAUAAACUUUCAUAAUCUAUCAAAAGUUGAGAAAAAUUAGCUUUUCAGAUUCACACAAUCUAACAAGCGAAUUAUAAAAAAACUAUAACAAAAAACUGUAUGUUCGGAUUGUAAAAGCUAAAAGUCAGAAUCAAAGUCGAAACAAACAGUCUUACUUGUUGCAACCCGGUCUGCAUCUCAUGUCCUGUAGCCCAAUCUAUGACAUCUUGAUCCAAUUCAAGCACAGCUCCCGCACCCCAAAUCGCGCUCACUCAAUUGGCUUCAUUUCCGCUCCAAUUCACCUCGAAGGUUCUCGAAGCGUCGGGAGGUUGCGAGGUGACACCACCAAAUUUCCUUCUACGCUCUAAUCGGUGAGUGGCGUAUGCUCUAGGGCUUGUUCAACGCAUUUUUCGUUGGUUCGUUGCACUAAAGCUAGGGCUAUGGCCACAGCCCUACUGCUUUCGGCGAAAUCUAGGGUUUCGUAGAAAUGCAGAAGCUCUCGGGGCUUAGGGGCCUCGUGGGGUUCCGAUCUCUCGUUGGGUCGACCUCGACGGCCGUAAAGGCCACGAACCCCAGGCCCUCCUCGGAUGCUGGGGGUAUUACGUAUGGGAGCCUCGCCAAUCUUUUGAACACAGAAGAGAAAUUGGUCAAGGAGCAGGCUUCAGUGAAGACUGAUCUAGAAAUGGCGCAUACCAAACUGAGAAGAGCAACAGAACACAUAAACCUUUUAGAAGGCCUUCAACAAGCUGUGAAUGAAAGUGCAAAGCUUAAGCAGACUGAAGAUUCAAAGCUCUUGCAGGGUUUAGAUUCGAAGAUCUCAACAAAGACCUUGUGCGAUCAACUGACUGAAACUCUGCAGCAGCUAGCUAGUCAGACAGAACAAGCUGAGGAAGAUAAGAAGUUUUUUGAGGAGAUACUUGGGAAGAAUUCCACAGCUUUAGAUGAAUUCAACUGCCUGUUGCAUGAUUUAUCAACAAAACUGGAGUGUGCCGAACAAAUGAUCAUUUCAGGGAAGCAGGAGAAAGAAGAAAUGGAUCGGAGUUACAAGGAACGGCCAUGUGCAAAUGAUACUACCAUAAAGGAAAAAGAAACUAAGUAGCUGGGUAUGGGCAAGUUGUUAGAAAAGAACUGCAGCGCAUUCAGUCUCAGGCUGAGAAUGAAUUGAGCGAGGUUAGUAACAAAUUCCACUAGAUGCUUGGGUCAUGGAGGUUUUCGUACUAAUGAAAUCUGUAUAAAAUGUAGAGGCUGUUAUUGCUCAGAAAAGAGCAUGAAUUUCAAAUAAAAUCACUAAUGAUGCAGCAUGAAGAACAAUGCCAGAGGCUGCAGGAGGAUCUGGAGCUUCAGAAGUCAAAGGUAGUUACUAGUUACUUUAAAAUAUUCUUUAACGUUGUUUGGUACAGGAGGAGAAGCAAAUUGCAUUAUUACUGUUACAGUGGAAAGUAAUGAGAGAAAAUCAAGUUGAUCAAGAAGUGAACUCUAAGAAGGUUCUGUCCCCUUGCUAAGUUUGAUCUGUUGUACAUUACUGAGCAAUGCAUAUGUGUCAUAUAUUCAAAAUUUUAGUGUAUUUAUGCAAUCUAAGCCUUGAAGAGGAAUAUACGUAGUUGCAUACGUUUUCACUAAGUAGUAUCGCUGAUAAUCUCAUUGAAUGAAUAACUUGUGCAAUUUUUUGUUUGUCUAGGUUCUACAUCAAUCAGAAAAUAUUUUAUCUGGGUUUCGCAUUGUCACAUAGUCCUUUGCACCCAUUUAUAGAAGCAAUUGUUGUAAUAACUUAAAUGAUACUAUGCCACUAAACACUAAUGUAUUGGACCUUACUCUGAUUGGAUCGCAUGAUCCAUU